AUGGCUGAUUCCACGGACACUCCUGGCGGCCCAUUGUUCCGCCCCUCGACCGCCACGCGCGACGCAAACCAACGGAAUGACGAUGCCGGCGCCUCCUCCCCCGCUACCGUCGCUGCGCCGGCCAAAGAUACGUCCACGCCCAAAGGCCCGUCGCGGCGAGGCCCGGGACCUGAUCACAGCUUGUUUGAUGCGGCGCCCAUCGAUAAUACCAUGGCCCCCGAGGACAACGUCUCCGAGGCUGCCGUGAGGCAGCACUUCAAGGACGUCGAGUCGAGCUUUCUCCCUGUCCUGUCUCCUAUACCGACUGCGCCCGCCAUUGGAGAGCCGGCCACUGACGAUACCUUCCUCUUUGACUCGCCGCAAAAGAUUGACAGAGCGCCCUUACCGCCUGUUCACCACGCCCAGGAACCCGACACCACCGCAGUCAGCACCACCACCUCCAACCUUGAGGCCUUUGACUCGUCUCCUACGGCGGCGGCGGCGGCGCGCACCGUGUCGCGCGCCGUAAGCAUGGCCAGCAAUGCCACGCGACAUGCCACUGAUGCCGACGAAGACAACGGCGCCGCCGCCGACGAGUCCUUUGCGUCCAGCCUCGACCACAACGACAGCCGCUGGUCCCAGUCGCAGCGCUCCGAUCGCCACGAUGCCGGUAGCACACCGGGUUUUGGGUUGCGCAAACAGCGGCCGAAGUACCUGCGCAGCCGUUUCGGCAGUCAACGAUCUUCGACUUCGUCAUUCAUCACCAACGCCGAGUCCUUUGACGACGGUGACCUCACCUCCAAUCAGGACAUUGACAUGGCCCUACAGUCCGGCGGUGUCAUGCCAGCCAUGGGCAUGCCACGCUUUCCGAGCGGUGUGAUGCCGCGCCCAGUCAGCAUUGGCAGCAUCGUUUCCGGUGUUGGCAUGGAUGACUUUGGCGACACCUCCCAGCAACUGGAGCCUCUACCCGAAGUUGACAGUCCUGCCCGAGCCAAUUUUCGUUUCGAUCCACUCAAGACUCCCAAGCCCUCCAGAGAGAAUCUCAAUGCCACACCGACAGACACAGUCAUUGCGCAACACGUCAAGAAUGUCCACGUCCCUGAGUCCCUGGCGAAGGAGUACAAGUUUCGAUCUGGACUCGAAACACCGUUCAGACCAACAAACAGCAAUGCAGGCGCCGGUACCGUGUCACGCACCGGCAAAAGCCUCACACUGAAAGAGCAAAGUAGCACGAUCGAGAAGCUUUCCAAAGAAAACUUUGAUUUGAAACUCAAGGUCAUGUUCCUGAGCGAUCGCUUAGACAAACUGUCGGAAGAAGGCAUCAAGGAGAUGAUUUCGGAAAACGUUGAGCUAAAAACUAACUUGGCGAUACUGCAAAGAGACAACAAAGUUCUGCGGAAACGGGUCAAGGAGCUCGAGAAGCGCAUUCAGGAAGACGAGGAGCGACCUAGCACCGGCGGAUCCAGCAACGACCAAGCGAACCGCCUCAACGACCAAGAAGCUUGGGAGCGCGAGCAGGAGCUAAUUUUUCUCCGUGAACGCGUCGAAGAGUACGCUGUUGAGAUCGAGAAGCUUCGAACUGAACGCGUGAGCAAAGAGUCAGAGAAGAAGAAGCUCGCCGAUAUUGUUAAAAGCCUUGGCGAGCGCGCUGGCGAACAGGUUGAUCGCCAAGAGGAAGCAGAUGUCUGGAGGGAUCUGCUAGAGCAAGAAACCGCCCAUCGCGAACAGACAGAGGACGACAAUGUAAGACUACGCGACGAAGUUUUCAAACUAAAGAAGGAAAUGGCUGCCAUGCAAAGCGGCCACACUACCAACAUCUACAACAUUGCAAAACGCCAGCGAGAUCAUGCUUUCUCACCGAACAAGCCGGCUGAUUUGGAGAGCUCGAAUGCUGGUUUCAGCGCCGCCAGCACUCUUGUUGAUGAGCUUCGACGCGAAAGCGAGAAGUUGCGGCACGAGAAUGCUGAGCUGCGUCGCGAAGUUGGGGCGCAGACCUCUAUGCUUACAUCGCGCAAUCGCGAAAAGGAUCGCCUGCAGCAGGAAAUUGAGGAUCUCAAAAUCUCCCAAGGCCGCGGCGGUGCCGCCUCAACAGCCGACAGCAUCCUCGAGCGCUCCGCAUCUAGGGCCGGGGCGCGCUAUGAGUCGCCUUCUCGCGCCAGUGCACCUACGCUGCCCACUGCAGUCGAAGAUGCAGAGCGCGAAGAGUUGGAAAACAGAUUGGCAGAAGCUCGAGAUCGCAUGAACGAAGCCAAGAUGGCCAAUCAAGAGUUACAACGCGAGCUGCAGACUUGCAUGGCUGAUUUCGAGAUGGCUGUGACUGGAAAGCAAGAGGCUGAAAACGCAGUCGUGUCUCUUCAGGAGGAGCUCGAUACUGCUAUGCAUGACCUCAUGGCGCUACAGGCCGAGCGAAAUGCGACGCUUGAGGACAACAGUCGACUCGAAGAGGACUUCGAGACUCUACGCUUGGAAGCACAAUCUGAAGUGCAGUCAUUAGACACAGAAAUUGAACGGUGCCACAGAGAAAUCGAAAUACUACAGGCUGAUCUUGCUGAUCGAGCAGAAAACUUCGACGCCCUGCAAAAUGCCAUGCGCGAAAUGAGCCAAUCAGUCGUCGGCUUGGAGGACGAACAAAACAAAAAAUUGCGACGAAUCCAGCAACUUGAGGCUGAGAUUGAGUCUUCCAACCGCGAACUCGAGGCGUUUGAGCUGAAGCUCAGCGAAGAAUCAGAAAAGAACCGCCGCUUGUCGGUGCAGCAAGAAUCUUCACAGGGCGAGAUUGCCUUCUUGCGCGAAGAGCAGGAAGCCGACAAGAUUCGCAUCGGCGAUCUCGAAGCCGCGAUUGCCAACGCCGAGCAAAGCUUGCGUGAUGAAAAGGACAGAGCCAAGGAACUCGACGAGCGGCUGCAGCAGGAACGCGCCCAGCGAGAAAUGGUGGCGAACCAGGAGAAGGAAGAAGUGCAGCAGUUUGUCAAUGAGCUCAACCGCGAGGCGUCUGCCGCAAAGGACGAAGCUCGGAGACUGCGUAAGAGCUUGUCUUCACGCGAAGUCGAGGCAACUGCCUGGAAGGAGCGCCUGCAAGAGCUUGAGAAUAAUCUUCGCGUCACGCUGGGUGAUUUGAACGGCACAAGGUCAUCUCUCCUCGGGUCGAUUGCUAGAAUCCAACGUGACCUGGAGAACACUGUCCGGGAACUUGACGUCGCCAAGGCUUCUGUUGUUGAGAAAGAUCGCCUCAUCAAGCAGCGCGAUGCACUGCUUGAAUCGCUAGGCCUGGAAAGCCAGAAGGCCAACGAAUUGCUGGAGAAGGAGAGGCUCGCUCAUCGACACACAAAAUCCGACUACGAGACCUUCCAAAGGACACACCAGCACCUGUCCCGCACAGCCAGCACGCAAGAUGUCCGCAUUGCCGAGCUGGAGAACACGCGGGGUCAGGAGCGCCGCAAGCUUGCCAUGCUGGAGCAGAGCGCGCGAGAGCAGCUGAUGGAGCGCAACGAGCUCCUGCUGCAGCUCUGGAAGCGCCUGAGCGUGUUGUGCGGCCGGGAGUGGGCGCACAGCCAUACCCUGGUCGACAAGCAGGCCGUGCCGAGCAUCGAGGUCAUCUCGAGCCGCCUGCCGGGCUUUACCAAGAACCUGAUGGCCGCCAUCAAGAUGAUUGAGAACAUGCUCAAGUCGUUUGAGGGCAAGAUCAACUCUGUCGAGCGCGACCUCACACGGGAGUACCAGGCUCUGGAGAACAACCUUGACAUGCGCGCGAAGCGGCUCGACCGCGUCGAGACGCUGGUCCGCAACCAGAUCGCGUCUGGCGCCAUGGGUUCCAUGACAUCCCAGGAGCUGCGCGGCCGCCUGUCGCGUGUCGAGCACGCGUAUCAGAAGCUCAAGGUUGAGUACGAGACGCUCAAGACGGCGACCAGUGUCCGCGCGCGGGCGGCGGCGCAGCACGGCGGCGAUUCGCCGCGCUCUGGCAGCGCUGGGGGUUCCCCUUCGCCUGCCGUCCACCGCGGGCCCGGCGAGCGUGAUAAGGAGCGGGCCGGAUCGUCGCGCGGUUCUAGGGAGAGCCGCAUCCCGUCGUCGGUGCAUCGCGGCAACCAGGCAGCCACCGGGUCGGACGCCGGCGGGAGCCUCGGCCUGGAGGUCGCUAAGAGUGGCGACGUGGCCGCGGGUGCGGGCAACGGCAGCAGCUACAAGAACAUGCCGCUGAUGCUGCGCCUCAAGAACCUCGAGGAGAAGCUGAGCACGGAGCGCGAGAGGAGGUCGCAAGAGCGCGAGGCGGCGCGACAGCGCCUGGGCGACCUGGAGGAGGAGAACAAGGGCCUCCGCAGCAAGAUCCAACGGAGGCAGCUGGCGGAGUAG